AUGUCUGCCUUCUUCGGCCUCACUUUUCUCGGCUCGCAAGGUUCGUUCGACCCGGUGAAAGAGACUCCGAUCCACACGUUCCAGGGACGUGACUUCCAAGACGCCUUCAUGCAGACUUAUCGACCUGGUUUCUCGCUGUAUUCCGAAAGCGAGGAAGAUGUCAAAGCCGCGAAUGCCGAGCUAGAUUCGGCCACCAUUACAAUAUCACAGUUACCAGUCAUGUUGCGGUAUCUCUACAAAUGCCCGAAAGGCGUCGACAACGUGCCUGGCAGCGCCCGAACGCUCGUUGGGCAAGCCUUUCGUCUACAGAACGGCGCUGGCAGCUCCCAGUCAAUCGACCUGGCCACGUUCCUAGCCCAAAUGGACGAAAUCUGUCGCCACUCGCAGUCCAUGGCGGCCGCUUCCGCUCACAACGCGUACCUGAAAAACGGCCUUCCGACACGUGAGUUCGUGUCCAACCUUGACUUUCGAGCCAAGCUGGUAAAGCACCAGCGUAUGGAGAAGGAUCCACGUGACAAGGCCCUAGCACCUGUUACAGACUCCAUUACUAUGGGCUGGUACCCGCCUACAAUAAUCACCAAGCGGAUGCCAAAUAAAAGCUGCGAGGAGACACGCUUCGCAAGCGCCAUGGUGAAGGCCGGAGUCUACUACUACUAA